UUACAUGUUAAGAUUUGUAAUAAUGAUAUUGGCCAUUACUAGUGGUGUCAGAUGAAUAGAAUAUAUGCAAAUCUGUUGCAUGCUCAGAUGAUAGGGGUUUUCUCAAACUUGAAUAUGAUGUUUGUUAACCUUUGUAACUGAGAUACAUAUAAUGCAUCAAGACAACUGGACAACGAAUUGUAGGAUCACCAAAAUGAGAUCACUGAUAUCCCUAGCUCCCCAACGCUUUAUUCGUUUCUUGCAAUGCAGAGGACCAUAUGCCAAAAGAAGGCACCCACUGGUGGAUUCCACGGUAGUUUCAGAAAUAAGAAGAUGCCUUGAGGCUGGGGUUGAAUUUCAAGGUGAAUUGUUAAAUUUUAGGAAGGACGGAUCCCCAUUGAUGAAUCGAUUGCGUAUGGUGCCUAUAUAUGAUGAUGAGGACACAAUAACUCAUACUAUAGGUAUUCAGUUCUUCACAGAGGCACAUCUUGAUCUUGGUCCACUUCCAGGAUCUUCAGCUAAGGAGUCCACGAGAUCAUCUAAUCGGUUUUGCUCUAGUCUCUCUUUUUGCGGACUAGGUGCAGAUGGAAAUUGGAACAGCAGUUGUGGGAUUUGUGGGAUACUACAGUUGAGUGAUGAAGUCCUGUCUCUCAAGAUUCUUUCGCGAUUAACCCCAAGAGAUAUUGCAUCUAUUGGUUCUGUCUGCAGACAGUUCUAUGAGCUGACAAAGAAUGAGGAUCUGUGGAGAGUGGUCUGUCAAAAUGCAUGGGAUAGUGAAACAACUCGGGUUUUAGAGACGGUGCCUGGAGCUAAGAGACUAGGAUGGGGUAGAUUGGCAAGAGAGCUGACCACUCUUGAAGCAGCAGCAUGGAGGAAGCUAACUGUUGGAGGUGCCGUUGAACCCUCUCGUUGCAACUUCAGCGCAUGUGCAGUUGGGAAUCGAGUGGUUCUUUUCGGUGGGGAGGGGGUCAACAUGCAACCAAUGAAUGACACCUUUGUAUUGGACUUAAAUUCCCAUAACCCAGAGUGGCAACAUGUCAAAGUGAGCUCUCCACCCCCUGGGCGCUGGGGCCACACACUUUCUUGUGUUAACGGAUCUCAUUUGGUUUUAUUUGGAGGUUGUGGGAGGCAGGGCUUACUCAAUGAUGUCUUUGUGUUGGAUUUAGAUGCCAAGCAUCCAGCUUGGCGUGAAAUAGCCAGCUUGGCCCCUCCACUUCCAAGAUCAUGGCACAGCUCCUGUAUCCUAGAUGGGUCCAAGUUGAUUGUUUCUGGUGGUUGUGCAGAUUCUGGUGUGCUUCUUAGCGACACUUUCCUCCUUGACCUCUCAAUAGAGAAGCCCAUUUGGCGAGAGAUACCUGUAGCAUGGACCCCACCGUCUCGUUUGGGCCACACACUAACUGUUUAUGGUGGUAGGAAAAUUUUGAUGUUUGGGGGUCUUGCUAAAAGUGGCCCCCUGCGGUUCCGUUCAAGUGAUGUGUUCACAAUGGAUUUGAGUGAGGAGGAACCGUGUUGGAGAUGUGUAACUGGUAAUGGAAUGCCUGGGGCUGGAAAUCCAGGAGGGAUAGCUCCCCCUCCCAGGCUUGAUCAUGUGGCAGUGAGCCUCCCUGGUGGUAGAAUCCUUGUUUUUGGUGGGUCUGUGGCUGGUCUUCAUUCAGCAUCGCAGCUAUAUAUACUGGACCCAACUGAGGAGAAACCUACGUGGAGAUUAUUAAAUGUACCUGGACGGCCUCCAAGAUUUGCUUGGGGACACAGUACAUGUGUUGUUGGAGGCACGAGAGCAAUAGUUCUUGGAGGUCAAACUGGGGAGGAGUGGAUGCUAGGCGAGCUUCAUGAAUUAUCAUUAGCAAGUUCUGCUAUCUGA